CUAAAGUUCUGACUGUUUACUUUUGCUGCCUCCAGUUUGCAGGCGCGCGUCCAGGCCCUGGAGAACCUCGUCAGGACCUUCGCGACCAUCGUAAGUGCGUGUAUGGCAGCAGGGCAAGUGCGCGGACGGUAUUGAUUUCUCGUGCGGGUCGCCCUUCACCAGCACGUUUACAAGGGAUACCAAGACACGACCCACGAAAAGCGCCGACACCUGCUGGACUCGUCCGCCGGCAUCAUGCUCAUCGCCCAACCGCGACCCUUACACUUGUGUAACGCCACCAUCUUAACGACCUUCGCCCUCGGCAUCCUCAUCGCAGGCGUACGUAAAUGGCGUCAAAAGCGAUCUGGAGGCCAAGAUAACAGACUACCGCGCCACCACUCAGGUGCGUCGUGUUUCGUCGAACCCCCCCUUACUUUGCCUCCUGCCACUCCCCCCCGCCCGGGAGUCGUUGUGUGCGAGCACGCACAUUUUCCCGUACGAGUCACUGCCGGGAUAUAGCUAGGUAGCUUCGCUCAUGCAAUGCACCGCCAUCAGUCAUAUGUUGCAUGCUUCUGGUUAAUCGUAAUUGUUAAUGACUAAUGAGGUCUAUGUUCCAACACAACUGCAGGCCGCCGCCACCGCUGCCGCCAACUCUGCAACUGCCGCGGGCCAGUCUGCAACUGCCGCCGGCCAGUCUGCAACUGCAGCCAGCACUUCCAAAACCGCUGCGCAGACCGCCGCGACCGCUGCCGCCGCCUCCGCCACCACUGCCGGCCAGGCCGCCACCGCCGCCGGCAACUCAGCUACUGCUGCCGCCGCCUCCGCCACUACUGCCGGCCAGGCUGCCACCGCCGCCGGCAACUCCGCGUCCACUGCCCAGACCGCCGCCACCGCCGCCGGCGCCUCCGCCACUACUGCCGGCCAGGCUGCCACCGCCGCGGGCGCCUCCGCCACUACUGCCGGCCAGGCGGCCACCGCAGCUGGCAACUCUGCAACCGCUGCCCAGACCUCUGCUACUGCAGCCUCAAACUCUGCUAGCACGGCUUCCGCCGCUGCCGCCGCCGCUACUGCUGCGGCCCAGAGUGCCGAUGAAGACAAGACCGAAGCUGACGUUGACGCAAGCGCAGCUGCCGGAUCGGCGACCAGUGCAGCAAACUCCGCCACCACCGCCUCCACUGCCGCUACCGCCGCCGGCAACUCCGCCACUACUGCUGGCCAGGCUGCCACCGCCGCUGACGCCUCCGCCACCACUGCCGGCCAGGCUGCCACCGCCGCCGGCAACUCGGCUACUGCUGCCGCUGGCUCCGCCACCACUGCCGGCCAGGCCGCCACCGCCGCCGGCAACUCCGCCACCACUGCCCAGACCGCCGCCACCGCCGCCGGCAACUCCGCCACCACUGCCGGACAGGCCGCCACCGCCGCCGGCAACUCAGCUACUGCUGCAGCUGGCUCCGCCACCACUGCCGGCCAGGCCGCCACCGCCGCCGGCAACUCCGCCACCACUGCCCAGACCGCCGCCACUGCUGCCGGCAACUCCGCCACCACUGCCGGCCAGGCCGCCACCGCCGCCGGCAACUCGGCUACUGCUGCUGACGCCUCCGCCACCACUGCCGGCCAGGCCGCCACCGCCGCCGGCAACUCCGCCACCACUGCCGGCCAGGCCGCCACCGCCGCCGGCAACUCCGCCACCACUGCCCAGACCGCCGCCACCGCCGCCGAUGCCUCCGCCACCACUGCCGGCCAGGCCGCCACCGCCGCCGGCAACUCCGCCACCUCUGCCCAGACCGCCGCCACCGCCGCCGACGCCUCCGCCACCACUGCCGGCCAGGCCGCCACCGCCGCCGGCAACUCGGCUACUGCUGCAGCUGGCUCCGCCACCACUGCCGGCCAGGCCGCCACCGCCGCCGGCAACUCCGCCACCACUGCCCAGACCGCCGCCACCGCCGCCGACGCCUCCGCCACCACUGCCGGCCAGGCCGCCACCGCCGCCGGCAACUCCGCCACCACUGCCCAGACCGCCGCCACCGCCGCCGACGCCUCCGCCACCACUGCCGGCCAGGCCGCCACCGCCGCCGGCAACUCAGCUACUGCUGCCGCUGGCUCCGCCACCACUGCCGGCCAGGCUGCCACCGCCGCCGGCAACUCCGCCACCACUGCCGCCACCGCCGCCGGCAACUCGGCUACUGCUGCCGGCAACUCCGCCACCACUGCCGGCCAGGCCGCCACCGCCGCCGGCAACUCCGCCACCACUGCCCAGACCGCCGCCACUGCCGCCGGCAACUCCGCCACCACUGCCCAGACCGCCGCCACCGCCGCCGACGCCUCCGCCACCACUGCCGGCCAGGCCGCCACCGCCGCCGGAAACUCGGCUACUGCUGCAGCUGGCUCCGCCACCACUGCCGGCCAGGCUGCCACCGCCGCCGGCAACUCGGCUACUGCUGCAGCUGGCUCUGCCACCACUGCCGGCCAGGCCGCCACCGCCGCCGGCAACUCCGCCACCACUGCCCAGACCGCCGCCACCGCCGCCGACGCCUCCGCCACCACUGCCGGCCAGGCCGCCACCGCCGCCGGCAACUCGGCUACGGCUGCAGCUGGCUCCGCCACCACUGCCGGCCAGGCCGCCACCGCCGCCGGCAACUCCGCCACCACUGCCCAGACCGCCGCCACCGCCGCCGACGCCUCCGCCACCACUGCCGGCCAGGCCGCCACCGCCGCCGGCAACUCGGCUACUGCUGCCGCUGGCUCCGCCACCACUGCCGGCCAGGCCGCCACCGCCGCCGGCAACUCAGCUACUGCUGCAGCUGGCUCCGCCACCACUGCCGGCCAGGCCGCCACCGCCGCCGGCAACUCCGCCACCUCUGCCCAGACCGCCGCCACCGCCGCCGACGCCUCCGCCACCACUGCCGGCCAGGCCGCCACCGCCGCCGGCAACUCGGCUACUGCUGCAGCUGGCUCCGCCACCACUGCCGGCCAGGCCGCCACCGCCGCCGGCAACUCAGCUACUGCUGCAGCUGGCUCCGCCACCACUGCCGGCCAGGCCGCCACCGCCGCCGGCAACUCCGCCACCACUGCCCAGACCGCCGCCACCGCCGCCGACGCCUCCGCCACCACUGCCGGCCAGGCCGCCACCGCCGCCGGCAACUCGGCUACUGCUGCAGCUGGCUCCGCCACCACUGCCGGCCAGGCCGCCACCGCCGCCGGCAACUCAGCCACCACUGCCCAGACCGCCGCCACUGCUGCCGGCAACUCCGCCACCACUGCCGGCCAGGCCGCCACCGCCGCCGGCAACUCGGCUUCUUCUGCGCAGGCUGCGGCAUCCAGCGCUGGCUCGUCUGCGGACGCUGCGGCUGCCGCUGCUGACGCCUCCUCGGCAUCAGCUGGUGCCGCCGCUGCAUCCGCUGCCGCUGUCGCGGCUUCGGCCACGGCUGCCUCUUCGUCCGCCAGGGCUGCGCAGACGUCCGCCACUGCGGCUAGUAACUCUGCCAACAACGCUGCUGCUUCUGCCAACAAUGCCCAGCAGGCUGCACAGCAGGUGCUCAGCGGCUAAGCCCAUACCUAAGUGUUCCGAUGUGAUGAACGAGCCCUCAAGAAUAGCA